UUUUAUUUCAUACUCAUACAUUUUCUGAACAAAGAUUAUGAAGACUGGUUUUAUUACAUUUGUGCGUAAGAUUUGUUUUCUGUUAGUAAUUGUAGGAAUAAUUUGUGUCGUCUUCGUGAAUAUUCAGUUUAAUAUGAAAGGAUAUUGGUUGAUGCCGACGGCAUUGUCAUAUUCAUUCGAAAAUGUCAAGAAUUUUAUACGGAAUAGUAACAUUUCUAAACCGGAAGUUGAAAAACAAAGCCGCAGACGAUUAAUAAACGUGUUUGAAGGUGUGCAAGUAAAGAAAAAAUCUGGGAAAUUUGCAGACACGGUAAUGCAGUUUUCUGACAACAAUACAAGAAUUGAUGUAGAUAGUAAUAAAGAAACUGAGAAGGAAAAUCGCAAAGUUAACAUUCUGUGGUACAAUAAACCUGCAUGGAUAGAUCUUAGUUUUGCAAAUCGUGUUUUGCCAUCUGAUUGCAUUUACAGAAAUUGUAGAAUGUCAGACGACAAAUCAGAUAUUCAAAAGUAUGGAGCCGUGGUGUUUACAUUAACACAACAAUUAGACAUCAUACCCCCUGUGGUAAAAAAUGAAAGAAAUGGUGAUCAAGUUUGGAUAUUUUUCGGUUUAGAAUCGCCAGUAAAUCACAAAUUAAUAAACUACCGACACAACAGUUGGAUGGAUACUAUGAAUUGGUCCAUGUCUUAUCGUUUGGAUUCGGACAUAUUUUUUCCAUAUGGAAUGCUUGAAGAGAGAAAAGAGGUUCCAAUAAAAGAUUAUAGUGCAAUAUAUCAUCUAAAGACCAAACAAGCUGCUUGGUUAGUGAGUAAUUGCGGGGCACCAAGUAGGAGGGAUGAUUUCGUGUCGGAGUUGAAGAGGAGUGGCUUGGAGGUUGACAUAUUUGGUGUCUGUUCUGAUAAUGUAUUUCAUAACAGAGGUGACAUGACUAAACUUAUUGACCAGGAGUAUCAGUUCUACCUGAGUUUUGAAAACAGUUUAUGCCAAGAUUACAUAACAGAGAAGUUCUUCCGGUAUUAUAAUCUUAAUGUUAUAUUGGUGACCAGAGGCGGAGCGGAUUAUGACCACGCCCUUCCAAAUGACACUUUUAUCAACUCCGCCCACUUUACUACUGCACGAGCAUUGGUUAAGUUCUUACAUAAAGUGGGUUCAUCGAAAACCCUUUACACGGACUUUUUGAGAAGGAAAGACAAAUAUUUUGCCCAUGAAUUGUUUACAAUGACAACGGGCUACUGUAGUAUGUGUGAAAAACUUAACAACCUGAAUAGAAAUAGAAGAAUGUACGCUGACCACGUGACUUAUAUACACGAAGAAACCUGUUGGGAACCAUCAGAUAUACAAUCAAUAACUACACAAUUCAACUACAAUGUUGUUUUAAUAAUAAGUCUACCCGUUUUAUUUCUAAUAUCGUUAUUAUUGUGUUAUUUUGCAAGAAAUCAUGUACAUACUUCAUUUUCUAGAUGUUUAAGAAAAGAAUGACACGAAUUACAAAAGCUACAUAAAGUGUUCAUAUAUCUAUAGUUUAUAUCAUUAGUUAAAAAGCUUUUUUAUGGCUCUAUAUAAACUGAUGUUUGCAUUUGUAACCCAAGUCGCUAGACCUCUAA